UUGGGCGCCAUUUUGAAAAGGGAAAAAAAAAUACGGCGGCGGUGGCGGCGGCGGCGGCCGGGCUGAGGUGCUUGGGCGGCAGCAGCACGGCGGCCGCCUCCUACGUCCGCCGCCGCCUCGGCGCCCGGCCGCGCCGGCGGCCGACCGGCCAUGGCAGGAGCCGGAGGCGGCGGCUGCCCUGCGGGCGGCAACGACUUGCAGUGGUGUUUCUCGCAGGUCAAGGGGGCCGUGGACGAGGACGUGGCGGAAGCUGAUGUCAUCUCAACUGUGGAAUUUAGUCACUCUGGAGAUCUUCUUGCAACAGGAGACAAGGGCGGCAGAGUGGUUAUUUUUCAGCGGGAACAAGAGAAUAAAAGCCGCCCUCAUUCCAGGGGGGAAUAUAACGUUUACAGUACCUUUCAAAGUCACGAACCAGAGUUUGACUAUUUGAAGAGUCUAGAAAUUGAAGAAAAAAUUAAUAAAAUUAGGUGGUUACCACAGCAGAGUGCUGCGCAUUUUCUGCUCUCUACAAAUGAUAAAACUAUUAAAUUAUGGAAAAUAAGUGAACGGGAUAAAAGAGCAGAAGGCUAUAACUUAAAAGAUGAAGAUGGACGACUUCGAGAUCCAUUUAGAAUCACGGCACUACGGGUCCCAAUAUUGAAGCCCAUGGACCUUAUGGUAGAAGCAAGUCCACGACGAAUUUUUGCAAAUGCUCACACAUAUCAUAUAAAUUCCAUUUCAGUAAAUAGUGAUCAUGAAACAUAUCUUUCUGCAGAUGACCUGAGAAUUAAUCUAUGGCAUUUAGAAAUCACAGAUAGAAGUUUUAACAUCGUGGACAUCAAGCCUGCCAACAUGGAAGAGCUGACGGAGGUGAUCACGGCGGCUGAGUUCCACCCGCACCAGUGUAACGUGCUCGUCUACAGCAGCAGCAAGGGGACCAUCAGACUGUGCGACAUGCGCUCCUCCGCCCUGUGCGACCGACACUCCAAGUUUUUCGAAGAGCCGGAAGACCCCAGCAGUAGGUCCUUCUUCUCAGAAAUAAUCUCCUCUGUGUCCGACGUGAAGUUCAGCCACAGCGGUCGGUACAUGAUGACCCGAGAUUACCUGUCGGUGAAGGUGUGGGACCUCAACAUGGAGAGCCGGCCUGUCGAGACCCACCAGGUCCACGAGUACCUUCGAAGUAAGCUGUGUUCCCUGUACGAAAAUGACUGCAUCUUUGACAAGUUUGAGUGCUGCUGGAACGGCUCCGACAGUGCAAUCAUGACUGGGUCCUACAACAACUUCUUCAGAAUGUUCGAUAGGACUACAUGGAGGGACGUCACGCUGGAAGCUUCCAGGGAGAACAGCAAGCCUCGCGCCAGCUUGAAGCCUCGCCGAGUGUGUGCAGGUGGGAAGAGAAAGAAGGACGAGGUGAGCGUGGACAGCCUGGACUUCAGCAAGAAGAUUCUGCACACGGCCUGGCACCCGGCGGAGAACACCAUCGCCGUGGCUGCUACCAAUAACCUGUACAUAUUCCAGGACAAGGCCAACUAAGGAGGCAGCGGGACCUGCGUCUCGUGCAGAAUCGCGCCUGGUCGUUCGGUGCCAGAGGACAGGCGACAUCCUCUCCGUGAAGAGCAGGGAUGCCCUCCUGCCUCCGCCCAGACUGCACGGGCUGGCCGCGUGGGUGCCCACGGGCUUCCGCUUCAGCAAGGUGAGCCCUGGGUGUCGCUGCUCAGGUGAGAACCCUGCUCGAAGCACAGUGAUGGACAGGACUCAAAGGAGGCCGUUGCUAAAAUAAACAUAUGUAUUGAAGUCUGAGCCUUCCUUCCAAUUUAUAGACCAAAAAUUAACAUCCAAGAGGAAAGUUGUCAGAUUCAGUGUCUCCUCCCGUCCAGCUCCGCUGUCAUCCUGGGGCCUCCACGUGCGUGGCGGCUGCCUGCCUUCCCUCGGCCUCUCGGCCCAGGCGGGGCCCCGGCCGGCGCGGAGAUUCGGCCGAGCGGGCUCAGGCCGCUGUACUCCCAUCGCGCCUCUGGUGUAACCGCCUAAUAAAAGCAACACACUCUAAAACGUGUUUUUAAGUCCAAA